AUGGCUCAUCAAUCUCAAUUGCGAAAGCAUAUUUACUUGCCCGUACCCAAUCCAAGGGAGCUGCCGAAAGAGACUCUCAGCAAGCCAGAAAUGAUAACCGCCAUUGUUGAGAACCUUGAUAAGAGCCAUCAAGCAGUGCGGAACAACAUCAUCACAGCAGCCAAGGACAAACAAGCACGUCAAAGCUCUCAGCCUUCCACCGGGACAAUCUCAAAUCCAACCGACAAGGCAGCCGGAAUAGCUCUUCUAAUCGCCAACCUCAAAGCCCCAGCUCCCCUUCAAGACCCCUGCAUGCCAUCCACAGGUGCGAUCGCUCCUCCUCCAACGUCGAUAAUCCAAGAGACACCUCCUUUGGAAAUUCAACUUGCCCGGGAAACUCUUGAGCAGCUCGAGCAGUACGACCGCUACGCCAGGCAAACAAGACACUACUACCGCGACGCUCUGGAAAGGAUGGAGAGUUCGGAUCCUCGUCGAACGAAAAGUUCUGGUGCUUCCAUCCCAUCACAUCCACCGGCUUUGGGGAUAACGACCUCGGGGCUGGCUGGAUCGAAUGGGUAUGGGAAUCCAAUCGUUUCGCCUGGUAUGCGUGGUGGGCCAGGGUCUGCCAGUGCAUCGCCAUGGAAUGGUCCUGCGAAUGCCUCGCCGAGAGACCCACGAAUGAGGCCACCACCGCCGCCACCACGAUGA